GCCGAAGCCAAAGGACGCCGGCAGGAAAAGGAAGCAGACCGGCCUUAAAGGGGCCCAGCUACUAUUUAUUUAAUUAAUUUAUUUAUAUUUAAAAGCCGCUCUCUCCUUCCUCCGAUGCUCUUAACGUCCCCGACAGAAGAGUAAGCUUAGUUGCGCAGCCUGCAGCAGGGCCAGCUGCUGGAGACCGCAGCUCCUGCCCAUCGGAAGACCAGGUGUGCGGGAACUGCGCCCAGGGGUGUCCCGCGCCCUGGCACCCUGCGGGCUCUAACAGCUGGGAUCGCGCGGGGAAACUGGGCCCAGGGCUCAGGUGGAGCGGCUGAUGUCCCUGGCUGAAAGGUGAGGCCGCGCUGGUGAGACUGGGACAAGUCCUUGCACCUCCAGAGCUGGACCAGGGCGACAAGGGGAGCCGCCAAGAUGCCAGAGGAAAAUAUCUUCCUGUUCGUGCCUAACCUCAUCGGUUAUGCCAGGAUUGUCUUCGCCAUCAUUUCCUUCUACUUCAUGCCCUGCUGCCCCCUCACGGCUUCCUCCUUCUAUCUGCUCAGUGGACUUCUGGACGCCUUCGAUGGACACGCAGCUCGAACCCUUAAUCAAGGGACCCGGUUCGGGGCCAUGCUUGACAUGCUGACGGAUCGUUGUUCCACCAUGUGUCUCUUGGUCAACCUGGCCCUGUUAUACCCCCGGGCCACUCUUCUCUUCCAGCUCAGCAUGAGCCUAGACAUGGCCAGCCACUGGCUGCAUCUGCACAGUUCUGUGGUAAGAGGCAGUGAGAGCCACAAGAUGAUCGACCUCUCUGGGAACCCUGUGCUUCGCAUCUACUAUACUUCUAGGCCUGCUCUGUUCACGCUGUGUGCUGGAAAUGAACUCUUCUACUGCCUCCUGUACCUGUUCAAUUUCUCCGAGGGACCGCUAGUUGGCUCCGUGGGGCUCUUCCGAAUGGGCCUCUGGAUCACGGCUCCCAUCGCCCUGCUCAAGUCCGUCAUUAGUGUCAUCCACCUCGUCACAGCUGCGCGAAACAUGGCUGCUCUGGAUGCGGCAGACCGUGCCAGGAAGAAAUGAUCCAUGCUGGCUCCCUGCUGCCCGCCUGCCCUGGGCAUCAGCUGUGCCACACAGCUCCUCUCCUCCUCCUAAGAGGUCCUAGUGUCAUGUCUUUCUCGUGUGUUCCCUAACCUCCUGGGAUGGGGGUCAGCCUCUUGGGUGUUGUCACUGUCUUUAAUCCUGGGGACCAGACCCAUGCCUGUGACCCCGAGGACCCAGCACUGCAAAGCAGGAAGAGUGCUUAGGAGGCCUCGCCCAUCCCACUGGCGCUCCAGGAGGCCUGUCUGAGGAUUGGAUAUUGCCUCAUAUCCCGCUGGCUCAGCCCUAGGGUCCAGCCUGACCUGAGGUUUUGGGGACAUAUGAGGGAGAGAGACAUAUGGGUCCCAGGUUUCCCAAAAGGCAGAAGAAUCAGUCUGAUGCCAUUGGGCCAAGGAAGCCUGGGGUACCAGGCCGUGGAGGGAAGGGGCCAGGGGCCAGCUAGAUCCUUCCCUGAGGCAGACUCCUCUAUCCUGUCCUCUUGCUUUGGAAGCCUCCAUAAUAAAGGGGGGACCUUCACACUUUUUGGACUUGUUUACUUUGAGACAUUCUUAGAUGAGGGCCUAGGGUUAAAGGAACUGGGUAUAAAAGAUCCUUCUGGACGCUUUUCCCAAAGAAGGUGGCUGGCUCCUCCCUGUCAUUCCAGUGACCUUAGAGAAGCCCUGCCGGCUCUUCAGGUUCAUAACAAUGUCUCUGCCCACUUGCUCUAUGUCCCUGGCUGGCCACUUUCAUUGUAACCUUGGUAUUUUCUACCCUCACAAGAAUGUAAACUUCCUGAGAGUAGACACGUCUUUCUUGUCUCUGCCUAGAGUGAAAACUAGCCUGGCAUAUGGUGGCUGCUUAAUAAAUACUCAUGGAAAGAUG